AUGAUGUAUGACGUCCAGGAAUGUUGGACUCGGACUUGUUUCGAACGGGGUAGGGGAGAAGGGCAAAAUGGCGUGAACUUGUCAGCACACUUCGUGCAACCGCCUCCCCAGCUAGUCUUGCAUGCCCUCCCAUCUCCCGAACUAUUCCAACACUCGACCAACCCGCGCGCGCACCGCCAGUGGCCAUGGGCCACCACCCCAUACCAACCGCCUUGCAACACACCUGAACGAUGGCACUUGGUACGCGUUUCGAUAGCGGUUUCGUACCUAUUGGCACGGAGUAGGCAAGGUCAAGUCAUUGAUACGACAAAGGCAUUCGUCAUUCAGAUUUCAUUGUCAAACGGUCGAGCGCCAGAUUUGGUACCUACCUACCUAUGUAGGGAUACAAGGUUCAUGCCGUCGGCGUAA